CGUGUCGCUUAAUACUUUCACGGAGUCUCUGCGUUCCGCGGUAGAGGAAAUGGCGGAGGCAUCGGCGGUGGUGUGGCUUCGCGCCCCCGGCUUUGUGUGCAAGGCGGUGCGGUGUCCUUCGGACCCGUGCUCUGUACAAGAUUUUAUAUGUCAUCACUGCCAAGAUCAGGGUGUUCCAGUGGAAUGCUUCUUUGUGAAGUGCAACGGCUCACUCGCUGAUGCCAGGGACACUGUGCAGCAUGGAGCUGUCUAUAGCUUGGAACCCAGACUUCGCGGUGGGAAAGGAGGUUUUGGAUCCAUGCUUCGAGCCCUUGGUGCCCAGAUUGAGAAGACCACCAAUAGAGAAGCUUGCCGGGAUCUCAGUGGGAGGAGACUGCGAGAUGUCAACCAUGAAAAGGCAAUGGCUGAAUGGGUCAAACAGCAAGCUGAGCGAGAGGCUGAAAGAGAGCAGAGGCGCGUUGAGCGCCUGCAGCGGAAGCUUGCAGAACCCAGGCACUGCUUCACCAGCCCCGACUACCAGCAGCAGUGCCACGAGAUGGCUGAGCGUCUGGAGGAUUCUGUCCUCAAAGGUAUGCAGGCUGCGUCCAGCAAGACAGUAUCAGCAGAAAUCGGUGAGAAGCGGAAACGGCCUAGUGAAACAAAAACAGAUAGAGGGACCAAUUUAGGGAAAAGGAAAUGCUUUUGGUUGGGCAUGGAGGGACUAGAGCCUGCAGAGGGUUCCAGCUCUGAGAGUUCGGAUGACGAUAGUGAAGAGGCGCCUAGUACUUCAGGAACAAGUACCCAAGCUCCACAGAAUGGUGUUGAGCUGGCAACCGAAUCCCCCAGUGGUUCUCAGAGGGCAAGCACGUUAAGUACAGACUCUGCAUCUCUGGAAGAAGCACAGACCCCAGUGAUUGCUUCUGAGAAUGGGGCCUCAGAAGACUUCAGUGUGGCACCAGGAGAGACAGCUCCCCAGCAGCACACGGAGAAGGAGGUGGCUGUGGAAAUGGCUGAAAUCCGAGAGGCAGAGGAGGCAGAGAACAAAGAACUCCUCAAAAAGGAAGCUGGGGCUGCACAAAAUAAAGAGAGAGAGACAAAAGAAAUGUCUGAUGGGGAAAGGACUGCCAAGGUAGCACCUGGAAAAGAUAGGGGAAGCAUUCCUGCUACUGGACUGGGGGAGAGCCAGUCAGGAAACGCAGAUAUCAGUCAGGAAACCAUGGUUUUGUUGGCAUUCAGCUCUGCUGCAGAAAUGGAGCAGCUGGGCUUGGAGAAGCUCAAGUGUGAACUGCUGGCCCGAGGCUUGAAAUGUGGGGGCACUCUGCAAGAGCGGGCAGCCAGGCUCUUCUCAGUCCGGGGGCUUGCCAGGGAGCAGAUAGACCCUGCUCUGUUUGCCAAGCCUUUGAAAGGAAAGAAGAAAUGACUAUCCUCAGAGACAACUUCCUGUUUCUCCCCCAGCACCUGACUUUUGGAUGUGUUGUUAUUAAAGCAGGCUUUUAAAACAA